UUGAAGCCAGGAGAUCUGCGUCCCAUCCUCUGAGGAAAGACGGGUUUGUGUAACUGUGCUCAAACCUGAGGGGGAGUUCGGAGUGUUUGGUCAACGACAGUGGUUCCUGGAAAAGAUCUGAAUCGUUUUAUAACCAAACCCAGCUGCGGUCUGGUGUGCGUUGCAGUCUCUGCGUGCGUGUGUGUGUGUGUAUGUUCAUCUGUAUGAGGUAGAGGGAGAGGAGGGGGUGUCUGCGCUUCCCUUUCCCAGAGAGAGAGAGAGAGAGUGAGUGAGAGAGAGAGAGAGAGAGAGACAGAGAGAGAGAAAAAAAAGUUUGGUCUUUUUCUCCCCUUGACUCUUUUUUAGGUAUGAACGCCGAGACCUGCGUUUCAUACAGCGAUAUGACAUCCAUGGAUUCAUAUUAUAGCCCAUCCGCAGCGCAAGGUAGGGAUCACCAGACGGACCACUUUAGGACAUUCCCAGGCACUGACACCAAAUACAGCCCCACAGCCUUCCUGCCCAACAAAGGUCAGGCUUACGGAGAAAAGUCCCGGAGCCCCUUCCAGCAGGAGUGCCAGUCAUUGGAUGCCGCCGCAGCUGGGCAAGGCACUUUCAGCAAAUACCACCUCUUCAUGCAGAGGUCUUCUUGCAAAACACCCCCCGAGGAGGGCAAACUGCACCAGGAGAGCGGACACAACGGAGGGAUCAUCCCGUGCUAUGGUAAAGAUAGUUCAGGCCUGACAGACUCUGACUUGGCCCCGGACUCCGACCCACCUGGAAUGGACACCAGCUACCUGACUGUGAAGGAUCAGGGCGUGAAGGCAGCCUCUGAUCGACCACCAGGCACAGACUUGUCAAGCCCUCUGGACAAGGGUGAUGGCGGCGAAAGCAACAAGGGCAAGAAGAGGCGCAACCGCACAACCUUUACAAGCUACCAGCUGGAGGAGCUGGAGAAGGUUUUCCAGAAGACGCACUAUCCUGAUGUUUACGCCCGGGAACAGCUGGCACUGAGGACCGACCUGACUGAAGCCCGUGUGCAGGUUUGGUUCCAGAACCGAAGGGCAAAAUGGAGGAAAAGGGAGCGUUUUGGUCAAAUGCAGCAGGUCCGAACACAUUUCUCAACAGCUUACGAGCUGCCUCUUCUGACGCGUCCUGAGAACUACGCACAGAUUCAGAAUCCCUCUUGGAUCGGUGGCAGCAGCGCAGCAUCUCCCGUGCCAGGCUGCGUUGUGCCCUGUGACACUGUGACUCCCUGUAUGACACCUCACCCCCACUCUGCCAGUGGGGUGUCCGAUUUUCUGGGCGUGCCGAGCCCCGGAGGUCAUAUGGGACAGGCUCACAUGGGCAGCCUGUUUGGUGGAUCUCCUGGCAUGUCUACAGGCAUCAACACGUACGAUCUCAACAUGGACCCUGACCGCAAGUCCUCCAGUAUCGCUGCUUUGCGCAUGAAGGCCAAAGAGCACAGUGCAGCCAUAUCUUGGGCCACAUGAUGUGUUGAUACCUGCUGGAUGGGGGGGACCUUGUUCACCUCUGAAAUGUCUACACAAACCCAGCAUGGGGUGAGGGGGCACUAAAAUUGAAAACUCUAAAGGCAACAGUGACUACCUUCAUAAAUGUUGCAAUAAAUUAAUUAUGCAAAUACAAGGAUGGGUGAAGAUUACUCAAAGAGAAAACAAGAUAUUUGAUAAGUGACGUGGCACUGCCAUGUUUCUCAACCCCUCUGAUGGGAGAAAGCAACCACAGUGGGAGGGUGAGCUUUUGUCGAAAGCCUGGUGGGAGAUGAUGCUGUACUGUAUAACAGGAGUUGCAGUGUAGUACUGAUGAUAGGCGAAGGAAAAAGUUAGGAAAAGUUUAAUAAUUUCAAACAAAUCCAUGCACUUAUUUGCUCAAAUACAGGAAAUUCUGUUUGUACAGUGCUUUCAGUGUCAUUGUAGUUCUCUGUUCAGGGGCUGUUUUAUUCCUACCUUAUUAUUUAAAUUUUGAGUGUUAUUGUUUUUUUCCCAUCCAGUCAUUUUGUUAUGCAAGCAUCCUUAAAAAACUGAAAUUAAAGUUUAGUUGUUAUAUGCCAUGUACAUAUUAUUCUAAGGCAAUCUUUAUCAGCAUUAGCACAUGCAAAAAGGUGUAACUUAAGUCACACUGUUGUAUGAUAAUGCUAUAGAAAACUGUUUAUAUCUGUCACAUUAUGAAGCUUCUCAGAUUCAACACAAACAUUUCAGUUGCUAAAAAGGUCAGAAGUGGUUCUGCCCUCCAGCAUUUAAAAGUCAAACAGAUGAAAUGUGGUUUGUUUUAGUGCGGUCAGGGUGAGAGAUCCACCUGCCGCACUGACUCAGUCUGCUGAUGGCCAGUGAGAGGAAGGGAUGGAGGAGGAAGUGGUGUGUGGGAGUAUGAGAGGGGCACAGCAGGCCUGCUGCUCUCAGGGCUGAAGAGCCUGGGAGCGCCAGCCUCCAAACAGACCCAGCUCUGUUUUUAGGAGGACGGACUCCAAGUGGACAUGACUGUGCCCCUUGCAUUUCCAGUCUCAGGAGUUUCAGAGAGAGAAGUGCCUACUAGCCAGUCAUUCUGCCAGAAAUAACAACGAAACCAGCAGCAGCCACCUUUGAAACAGAGGAGGCUGGUGGAGAUUACACAGAGUGUGUUGACACUUUUAAACACUGAAAGGAUGUCAGUGUUCAACAGCGUUUUUCUGGACUUUAACACAGCUGUGUUUGGCUGUUGUAGAAUGGCGAAUGGUCAUGAAGCAGUGCUGGCAAUUGUUAUUGUAUUUCUUUCUCUACUUUUCCUCGUUAUUUCUGUCAAAACCAAACGAAGAAGCCAUCGACAAGAUUACCGCAGAGUUACCUUCAUUGUCUCCAGUAAGGUUUUUAAUUACAUCUCAGCUCGAUGUGGCACCUUGGACCACUCAGCACAGGCUCAAGUAAAUAUCAUCUUCAUCCUCCAGCUUCAGACACCUUGAAGUCCUAUUUCACCACAAAAAACAUGCAUCUAUUCAUGACAUACACAUCUAACAAAUCCCUAAAUGAGGAUGGAAGACAGUAUUCAAUUUUAGUGAAUGAGGCAACAGGAAGAGUUGAAGGAAUUUCUGUGGGAUUGAUGGUAUGGCUGAGGUACUAGCAGAGACUUUACCAGGGAUCCAAACUCCCAGAUUCUCUGUGUGUUGGGUGUUUUUUUUGGUAAUUGGAUUACUUGCAAAUUUGUUUGUGAAUUUGCACUGUUAAAGUGCAGUAUCAACUGGGUCCUGCAUUAUUGUGGCUUUAUCUUGUACAGAGAGGCCAUGUAUCAAAGUCUAGUUCUAAAACCUGAAUUAUUUUAAUUUAUAUUGUCCUCACAUAGUGUAUGAUCCUAGAUAAAGUGGUGUUUAAACAAAUGACUUGACAUACAGAAAACCUGGGAUCUACUGGACUGUAGUAUUCCAGUAUAGGUGUACUGGUUGGUUUUGGGGUCUCUGGGUAAGCAACAUGGGCCCAACAGCAAACAUAUCAAUCCUGCCAUGGUUACAGAUUAAAAUAGUCAAAAAGGUUAGUGUGUAGAGUAAUAGAAGACGCCAUAACUACGCAGGUACUGUCCCAAAGUUUGGGGGUGUGGAUCAAGUCUGAAGUUUGAGCCCAGCUUCAUUAGUUUUUUUGGCAUUACAUCUGAGCAGGACCUGUUUUAGUAAAACCACUAACAUGUCAGGGUAAAGCGCCAAAAGGAAUUGUGUUCCUUGUCUCCACUCUGAUUACUCCCUGUUUACUUCUAUCUAGGUUUGGAACAAUAAGCCUGUGCUUGUUUUUUUCUGUGGAAAGAGACAGAGAAGAGGGACGGCAACGUAGAGGUUAAAUUGAGCUGGAACCAGCCAGAGAUGAGAUCUCUCAGAACCCAAAUCAUAUCCAUAUAUCCAUAUGCUUGUAUCAUUCAAAUAUUUAAAUAGUGAACUUUGUUUUUCCCCUGGUAACUGCCAGUGACAUAAAUAGCAGAUGAGGGUUCAACAAUGAGGUUAUGCAUGUUCUUCCUUUGUUUCCAAGGCCUGAUUUAGGCCUUAAGCAUAACAAAGGCUUUUAUGGUUUUGAAAAGCAAACCUGAUACCUUGUUGUACACCUUCAGGCAGAGCAACCAUUGCUAAUUCUCUAAACUGAACCACAUUCACUGUCCUUCUGGGCAGGUAAGAGAAUCGGGGUGCAGGCUAUAACCUGUCAGUGGAGCAGAUCUCCCUGGAGUCCUCCAAAUUACAUCCAGUUUUACUCUCCGGCCCAAAUCUAAGGCGUAUGCAUAAUCCUGAUUAUAGAGUGCGUAUCUCAAAACUGAAAGGGUCUCCUUGUAAAUGUGGACACGGGCCCCCCUGUGCUCUAGCUGUGGGGUUGGACGGAGGGCGAGCCGUGAGGGUGUCUGCUGUGUUCCGGUGUUCUGGGAAAAGGACAGUGCACACAGCUGCGCUCAGGGGGUAAAUGCAAAACAAACAUGCCUCACACAUGCUUCCCCCUCAGCUGUCAUGGCUCUGCUUUCAAAGAUCCCCCCCCCCCAUGACCCACCUCUAUACACACAUACGCAUUGCACUGCGCCUCUCCCUUCGCUCACUUCCACUAUAUCCACUGGCUGAAAGCAGCAGACCCCAAUCGCAGGGUCCGAGGCACAGCCGCACGGCCAACCCAGGAAGGCUUUUUAAUUAACACUGAGCCAUGUGGAGGCUGUGGAUUGCAGUAUUGUGUGUCAGGACAGACAGGACCGUCUGUCUUCUCGUUGGUUUAAUGUAGACUGUUCCUCUGCACAGUGCACACAGACAUACUGGCAUUCAGUAGCUCAGGUUUACACAGUACAUACGCAUUGUUUUCACUAUUUCCUGUGUAUUUAACAUUAUUCUUUGAAACAUCUCCAGUGAUGCCCUACAAUCUCAUAGACUGUAAAUGCAAGAUUAGCUUAACAUAAAAAGCCUCUUCUCUUCUGUAUGCUGCAUAACUCCAUCCCUGAGUGAUGAUACCAUCAUCCACUUUUCUCAUUUUCUAAUACUACUGAAGUCAGGCAAUCAGUAUAGGAGUAGAUAUAUGAUAAAUAUGUGUGCUGUUGUGUGCAUGCAAAAUGGAUUGAAGUGUUAUAAGACUCUUGGAAAUAUUACUAAUUAGAUUUUGUGUUUUAUUUUGUGAGACAAUUUAUCGAGUAUUUGAGUGUAUGAAAUUUUUCAUUUGGUGUUACAUGGCAAAACUGUAUUUUCAGAGUUGUGUUUGAACAUUGUUUUUCUCUCAAUAUGUAAUUCUUGCAAGUUUCAAAAGUUUUUUUUUUUUUUCUUCAGUUUUUGUGGCUUUAAGCUGUCUUUUGAAAUGAGUGUAUGAAUUUACUAAUGCUUGUGUUACGUUUUGCGUGUGAUUAAAGUACAAUAAGUUAUUUCACUUCUA